CAGGUGCCCCCCUCCUCCAAGAAAGAAGGAGGGCAAAACCCUAGAGCUUUUCUCGCCGCUGCUCCAGCGUUCCCCUUCGCGACCGCGGCAUCUCGACCACCGCCGCCGCCGCCGCCCAGCUCGCGAGAUCUCCGGCCCCCCUUCCCCGCUAAGGCGUCGCGACAAUGGCUGCUCCCAAGGACGUGCGGAGCGAGCUGGAGAAGGAGAUGAUGUUCGGGAUGGCGGAGAAGGAGAUGGAGUACCGGGUCGAGCUUUUCAACCGGCUUACACAUGUUUGUUUUGAGAAGUGCAUCGAGAAAAGGCAUAAAGAAGGUGAACUCAAUAUGGGAGAGAACAGUUGCAUUGAUCGGUGUGUGUCAAAGUACUGGCAGGUGACUAACAUUGUCGGCGGAAUGCUCGGGACCCAGCAGACCCCGAUGUGAGCGCUCUGAGAAGCAGUAGUCGCAUUUUCUGUAGCAGGACACCGUCGCCAUGUUUCUCCUCUGUUUUUGUUUUGGAAUGUUCGCCGUUUCGCUAAGUAAAGCAUGAGUGACCGACUAAUUCAUAUAUACUGUUCAAAAGGGAACCCCCAGCGUGUCGCGCUUUCCAGUGGUGCCCCGUGCCACUGAAUCAUGGGCAGGGGAGCAUGCCUGUAAUAAUUUGGUACAGCUCGAUAGAUUUUGUUGCCGAAGCUUCUCUUUUCAUGGUUAUGAUUGUGCCUGUGUGGCUGUGUCUGAAA